AUGGAUCAUCGUUGUACAUGUUUUUGUCGAAAAUUUUCUCGUCCAUCACUGAAAAAAAGAAGAAAAACGUUAUCGUCCUUGUCGUGGUCAUCACCCGUCCAUCACCUCCUUCUGUUUACGUUAUGUGUUAACCAUAUAUUAAAUGGUAGUAUUAUUCCUAUAAAUAGCGCGAUGGCUUUUGAUCUAAACACCAUAACGUUCGAUCAAGGCUAUGUUCCUUUGUUUAGCGACUUCAAUAUUGAUCGAUCUGAGGACGAUAUGAAUGUCCGUCUCCUCCUCACUCGUCAAUCUGGUUCUGGUAUUAUAUCGACGGAUUAUUACAAUUAUGGAUUCUUCAGUGCGAAAAUUAAAUUACCGAUGAAGUACACAGCGGGAAUCGUCGUAGCCUUUUAUGCAUCUAAUGUAGAUAUGUACCCAAAAACUCAUGACGAAUUAGACUUGGAGUUUCUAGGUAAUGUAAAGGGGAAGCCAUGGAGGUUUCAGACAAAUAUAUACGGCAAUGGUAGCACAAUGCGUGGCCGGGAAGAGAGAUACCGGUUGUGGUUUGAUCCAAGUAAGGAGUUUCACCGCUACAGCAUUCUUUGGACACGGAACAAGAUCAUAUUUUACGUGGACGAAAUCCCAAUAAGGGAGGUUUUGCGUGACGAAAAUAUGGGAGGUGACUACCCAUCAAAGCCCAUGUCAUCAUAUGCAACUGUAUGGGACGCCUCCUCAUGGGCCACAGGUGGUGGCCAACACAAAGUAGACUACCGGUUUGAACCCUUUACCUCCGAGUUCCAAGACCUUGUACUCCAGGGUUGCCGUGUUGACCCCACCGAUGCAACAUCAACCAACUGUCUUGACGCCAUUGAUGAACUGGAAUCCUCUGAAUAUGCUACUAUUACACCAAGACAACGACAAGCUAAUAAGUGGUUCAGGGAAAAGUACAUGUAUUAUAGUUACUGUUAUGACCGGCUAAGGUACCCUUCUCCACUGCCAGAGUGCUUAUUAGUAUCUUCAGAACAAGAGUUAUUUAAGAGUAACGGGAGGCUAAAGAACCCUCAGCGAUUUCAUCAAAGUCGGCGUCCCAAACGAGUCUCACAGCAGUCCAAUGAAACAGCCAUUUAUUAACUCAGGUAAAUCUAGAACCUCAACAACAGCAUUCAAACCUAUUUGCUUUUGCACGACUCAUGAUAGAUACGCUAUACAUGGA